AUGAAUGAUGAACAAAUAACUACAUGGAAAAUUGAUAUAGAAGGCAAUAAGUUAAUAUAUAAAAACUAUUACGAAAAACCUGUCAGCUGUGUGAACAUGCGCGAUUACUUAGGAUCUCAUUUACUACCUAACGAUGAUUUAAUUGUAAUUGCAACAAAUUGCAUUGCCAUUUAUACUCUUAUUAAAAAUGAAAUACGAAUUGUCUAUUAUAUUAAUAUAGAUAUAUUUAUGAAUGUUCAACGAAGACUUAAAGAUGAGCUCCAAAUUUUGGCACAUCAAGAACCUUUUAAAUCAAAAAAUUUGUGGGGUGUUAAAUAUUUUAAACAUGUAUUAGAUUAUAUGGAUGAAGAAUCAGAGAAAGAUGUCGCGCAAAGUUUAAGAAAUAUGAUAACAUUAUAUAUUGAUGAUAUUUAUACACUUUCCUGCUGUUCACCAUAUAUUAUGGAAUCAAUUGUGAAGUAUAAUGAUCGGAAAAGAAAAUUUAGAAAGCAUGACAAUGAAAUAAUUAAUUUAAUUAUUGAUAAUUGUAUAAAUUGUUAUAAUAGAGAUAAUAGCAAAUUCGACGUUCUACGUGCUAUCGCAAGCUUAAUUUCAGACCUUAAACAAUUAUAUCCUUCUCAUGCUACAAAAUUCCUCAUUUCUACGGCUAUACUUAGUCAUGCAGAUGAAAAAAUUAAUUAUGCGCCUAAUUCGCAUCUUGAUGGCUCUAUAGAUGAAUUGCCUGAAUCAGCUGUUUCCAAAUCGUUUAAUAGCAUUUAUGGACAUAUUUAUGAUUUCAUAGAAGCUAUUAUCAUUGGUGUCGUUGGGUCAUAUGUUGUAUUAAAUCUUGGACUUUUUAUUGUAAUUCUUUUUGGAAAUCAAACAAAUACACUCGAACUGUUUGUUAUGGUUGUUACCUUCCUCGCUGCUGGACUAACUAUAUUUAUCAUGUUAUGGGUAUCAAUUGUAGAUGCAUUACAUGAUAGAAGGAGUUAUUAUCCAGCAGUUAAACUGCUCAUUCCGUUGCCCAAAUUUGCAUCCUAUCCCACUAAAUAUAAUUUCUUAUUCGAAUUAUUAAAACCUACUCCAAAUGAAUUUAUAAAAACGGCUUUACAAACUCAAAUACCCAUUAUUUACUCUGAUUGGAAUGGAGAGGCUCUUCUGAACUUUAAGUGGAAUCGAUUUGGAAAAUUUUAUUAUUACGCAAUUUGGAUGGUGUAUACCAUCUUUCUUUUAGCCUUUAUCCUAGCCACAAGUUUACCAAAUAAUUAUAUUUCUUCAGAAAAUCAAAGAGUUUUGUUGAUAUUCUCUAUCAUAAUGGGUUUUUCUCAGUUAACAAUUGAAAUCCGCCAAUUUAUCUGGGAUUGGAGAAGCUACAUAGUUAGUAGCUGGAAUUGGUUUGGUAAUGAUAUAAUGUUAAAUGCACAUAUUUUACUGAAUUUAGAAAAUCUCUUACUUAACAUUUCACACAGCACUUAA